AUGCUGCCAGAACCUAUAUUUGCCAACGUUGCCUUGGUAAUCCCUGAGAAGGAACUACAGCGCCAGAUCGAAGCAUCCCUGGACCAGGAUGAAUCACUGGAGGAAAUCCUCCAAUUCCUCCAGAACGAAUCCAAGGCGCCCCCUUCCAUCAAACGGGCGUUCAAGGACUACGAAAUGGAAGCUGGCCUGUUGUUCUACCAGGGGAGGAUUGUGGUACCAGAUGUUGGGACCUUGCGGACGGACCUCCUGCGUAUCUACCAUGAUAGCCCGCUGUCAGGCCACCCAGGAAGACAAAGGACCCUGGAGCUAAUCUCACGCGCCUAUUACUGGCCAGGCAUCUGGGCCGACACUUAUUGGCACGUAGAUUCCUGUGAGACCUGCCAACGGAUACGGAAGCCAAGGUACUCCUCGAUCCCUCCUCAACCCCUCGAGCUUCCCACUAGGCCAUGGCAACAUAUCUCCUACGACAUGAUUGUUGACUUACCAAAGGACGGUAACAGUGACUCCAUCCUAGUCAUUGUAGACAGCUUCACAAAGGCGUUGUACCAGCGCCUAGGAAUAGACCCCCACUUUUCCUUGGCAUACCACCCCCAAAGCGAUGGACAGACAGAACAUGUGAACCCCACAGUUGAGCACUUUUUGCGGGCCUACUCAGGAAUCAACCAGAAGGACUGGGUCAAAUGGUUACCCAUGGCGGAAUUUGCCUACAAUAACGCAGUACAUAGUAGCACCGGCAAAUCCCCGUUCAAAGCACUGUAUGGAUGGGAACCAUCACUUACCCCAAGUAACGUCCCAACCAAUGUCCCGGAAGCCGACAAUAUGGCCACUCAAAUGGAAGCACAAUGGCGGGAAAUCAAAGCUGCACUCCAACAAUCCAAAACUCGAAUGACUGCGGGAGAAACGGGAGAACCAUUAGAAUUUGAGAUUGGUGAAGAGGCCUGGCUAGACGCCAAAAACAUAAAGCUAAGGACCCUGAGUCCUAAGCUAUCCGAACAACGCCUAGGUCCCUUCAAAGUAACCGAGAAGAUCUCAGACCAAGCAUACCGGUUGGAACUCCCAUCAACAAUGAGAAUCCACAAUGUUUUCUACGUGGGGCUUCUGUCAAAGGUCAAAAGGGACAAGAAGCGCAACUUCAAAAACCGCCCUCCACCGGUCACCGUGGACGGGGAAGAAGAAUACGAAGUGGAAGGAAUCACGGAUGCUGAGGAACGAGACGGAAAAUGGUUCUUCCAAGUCAAAUGGAAGGGUUAUGGGUCCGAAGAAAACACAUGGGAGCCACGAGAAAACCUGAGAAACGCCAAAAAAAUUUUAGAAAAAUACAAAAAAGAAAUGAAAAAGAAGGCCCUUGGCGCUGCCAAGGCCCUUAGAGGGGGGGCAGUGUCGUAG